CACCAAGAGUCACACCCCACGCUGUCGUUGAGUUUUUAUCGGUGCAGUUUCUGCAAGCUGCAAGAUGGCGAAAAACAGUGAAGGAACAUACGUGAAGAUCGCAAUCUCAGAAAAGAAAGAAGUUAUGUGCGAGCUUGUUGGAAAAAGGCCGAAGAACCUUGACGCGUGUGAAGAGUGCCAGAAUUAUAUGCAAACAUGGGUCACUCUAAGAUGCGAUCACAAGGUCUGUAAUGAAUGCUUCAACGAGUACCCAAGUUACAUCUGCUCAAAAGACAAGAAAAGGACUACCAAAGGCAAGGCCAGGACAGAGGGAUGCAACAAAUUACGAAAUUCGAGAGUUUACUGUCCGGCAUGCCAAGAAGAACAUACGUGCACAAACAUCACCAACCAUAUCAGUUGUAAGCACCCGGAACUGCUGGAGAACGCUGAUGAAUCCGUUAGACCACCCUACACAGAAGCGAUGGCCCGCAGUGAGACUGAACCACAAAGGGGCGAAGAAAAGAGGGAGCGGCUGUGGGGCAACCCACCGCAAGCAUUUGAUGCACCUGCGACGCACACAGGUUCAGAUAGCAAGUUCGACGCUGACAUGCUGACUGAGGACGAGUCCUCGGACUCCGCUCCACCUACUUCUGAUGAAGCAUCGCUUGAUAGGGACAUUGGAACCUGUAGACACUGCAACACUGCCUUGGAAAAGAAAGAGAUUCCAGGGCAUGAAGAAAGGUGUCCGGACCUAGGCGUACAGUGUCCGUUUUGUAGUGAAGAAAUGGCAUUCAAGACUGUCCAAGGUCACAUAAACACUGCCUGCCCAGUAAGAAAAGGAGAACAGUCCGGGUAA